AUGGUCCCAUUUGCUCCACAAAGCCUUCAGUUUGAUGAUUAUCGUCAGUACCGAUCAGAAUCGAGUCACUACCAGAUAGUAAAUGAUGCUUUCACAACCUCCACACCAACGGUCUACACUACCAAUCACAAUCCGCACUGGAACACUGGGCAUUCCAAUUACUAUCCGCCCAGGUAUGGGGAGUCUUGCUAUCAGCCGAUUCCAGGUUCCCAGUAUUCCUCCUACCUUUCUUCUAUCAAUGUACCCGAACACCGCUUCCAAAUUCAAGAAUUUCCGAUUGCUCCUCUCAGGGAGAAUUGUACCACGCCCCAGCCGAACUACGCCAUUAGUAGUAGUGCAAUUCAGGAAAUGAAAUAUUUCGGAUUUCCCAAUUACGGAUUCGGUUGUAAUCCAAUCUCCCAGAUGCCUCCAGCUACCCAAGCCCUCGUAGAUAUGGACGUUUCCACAGGUAAUCAGCGACGAACGAUUUCCCCAAUUAGUACUCUCAGUAGCAGCGAUGUCGCAAGUGUCGGUUUCAACUCGGAUGAACAGGCUUGUAACCAGCCGGCACCUGAGUCCGAAAUUGUUAUAAAUGAAAUGCCCUCAAACUCUUUUCAUAAGGGCAUUGAUACCAAUGGUGCCGACAAGGAGCCUAGAACUGAUAACACAACACAGACAAAAACGGAAAAGGAUCUAGAGCGCCGACGAAAGAACAAUGAAGCCUCACGAAAGUCGAGGACUCAAAGGAGGGAUCGUUUUCUUAAGGAAAUAAAAGAAGUCGAAUUCUUGAAGACAGAAAAUGUGAGACUUAAGGGACUCCUGAAGGAGUUGGAAUUGGCCAUAAAGGAGGCUAACGAUGCUUUGAUUUCAAAGUUUCAUUACCAAACGUCUUCUGAUCAAUUCCCCAAUAUGUAA